AUGGACAUGGACACCUUCGAACGCCUCCAGGCCGAGACCAGGCUCCGCGAUGCGCUCAUGCGGCUCGAGGAGGCGGAGGAGACCGACGACGAGGAGGAGAGGGGCGCCGAGGAGGAGGAGCUGGAGUGCCCCUUCUGCGGGGAGGAGUUCGACGGCGUCGGCCUGUGCUUGCACAUCGAGGACGAGCACGCGGCGGAGACCAAGGCCGGGUUUAACUUUGGGAGUUUGAUUGAACUGCUUUUUGUAAAUAUUGUGCAUUAUGUUAUUGAGUGCUCCAGCGUGGAUAAGAGGAAUUUGUGGUCUGAGCUGUCAAUAUUUUACACUUUCCGGAUUAAGUCUAGUGGUUCUGAUUUUCUUGGAUUUACUCGUGUCUGGGUGUGCCCUAUAUGCACAGAUAGAGUUGGGAUGGACUUGGUUGGGCACAUGACCUCAGAGCAUCCCAGUUUCUUCAAGGGCAGGUGGAGGAACCAGCGAGUUUCAUCUGGAUCACCUUCUUCAAUGUAUUCCGCAUUGAAAAAGGAUGCGGCGCACAUACAAUACCGCUAUGGUGGAUCCUCUCGUGCCACCUCGCUCAACACAGUGCCUGAUCCUCUACUCUCCUCCUUUGUCGGUAGCUUCAUUGAUGAUGAUGCAGAUUCACCAAAAGAUGCACAAGAAGAGUUAUUGGAAAAAGUUAUUGAGAAAAGUGAUCCCUCGGAGCAGAAAGCAGAAGAAAGUGCUGAGGAGCCUUUGCUCCCUGAGGAGAAGGAGGAGAGAACCAAGAGGAGCCAGUUUGUGCAGGGGCUGGUGCUGUCCCUGAUGUUUGAUGACAUCUUGUGA